AUGUCGUCAACCACAUAUUCCGACCACGACCCGGACUAUCAACAAGCAAUACUCCACAUACGCAGUUUAUGGGAGUUUGCAAAUGUAUCCCAAUUCAUGCAUACAUAUUAUGAUGCAUUUGGAUUGGAUUCAUUUGACACUGACGAGUUGGAGCGGAGUUUAGCCACCGAUGAUAAUAUCCAGAUUGGGGACUUAAUCAUAAAGAUGCUACGGACUCUGUCAUUCAAUAAAAAUAUAUCUCUGGACAACUGGGAACAACAUCUCCUUCAACAAUAUCAGAAACAUGCGCCCGAAAAGAACCCAUUCGGUGAUGAAACAUGUUCCAUAAAAUUUGAAGAUAUGUCUGUAAAACAGAAGGUCUUGAUUUUACAUGAUCUUUGCCAUUGGCAGAUGCGGAAUCCUGAUAGAUUUAGAAACUUCUUGUCAAACCAGGACAAUCCACAAGAAUGGCGAGUCACUCCGGUUGGAUAUGACUCCAAGGGCAAUACAUACUGGCUUUUUGAUGAUAAUCGGCUUUGCAAAGAAUCACCAAAAAAGGAUGUGUCCAAAAAACAAAAAAGUAAAGUUAAGAAUACUCGACGUAGUCGCGCGAAACAUGUUCCUUCUGAAGUGAAUGAAACUAUUGCUGAAACCACGAACUGGGAGACCGUUUGCGUCACAAUUGCUGAAUGGGAAGAAUUUCCAAAGCGAUUCGAAAAAUCAAGAAAUGUGCAAGAAAAAGCGUUUUAUAAGCUAUUGACUGAAGACCUUUUACCACAGAUUUUGGCUGCCUUGCAUGAGAAAGAGAAAGAACGAAAAAAACUUGAUGCCUUGGCUAACAGGAAGCGUAGUUCAAGAAUUCAAAAACGAGAAUUCGAAAAACAAGAAGCUGAUCGUGCUGCUCAACUUAAAAAAGAUCAGGAUGAACGAGAGGAAAAGACUAAGCAAGAAGAACUUGCAAGGCUUAAAGCUGAGAGGGAUAGGGAAGCAAGAAGUCAAGCACGUGAACGCCGUUCAAAAGAAAGAGAGCAACGGUUGCUAGCUAGGGAUGAUAAAUUAAAAAAAGAACAAGAAACAACAAUUGAGCGACAGCAUGUCAUAAAAAUUAAACGAGUUAGUGAUAUACAAGAUCAUUUAACGCCACCAGACACAACAUUUCAGGUUAAAAAUCAAAAUCCAGAAGAUUGGUAUUUCGAUUGCUUAUGUGGCAUUUCUGGCACAAACAUUAAUGAUGGUAGUAAUAUGAUUGCAUGUGACCGAUGCGCAGUAUGGCAGCAUCUCGACUGCCUUUUAAAGACUGACGAACGAUUUCGUAAAACGAGGGAUUUUUCACAAAUUGAAUAUGUUUGCGCGAGGUGUUUACAACGUCAGGCAAUACAAUCGAGCACGCCUGCUAGUAAUAAUGAACAUGAUGAGACUAUUGAUGUUGUUAAAAUUGAUUCCAAUGAUGUUAUAAUUCCCCCAAUUCAACCAUUUGAGAAUAUUCUACGAUCAGAUCAAACAGUACAGGAAAUGAAUAUUGAUCUGACUAGUGUUAAGCGUCCUAGGCAAAAACAAGAAACUCAAGAAAUUUUGGCUUUACCAGUUAAAGAACGAAAGAGGCCUGUUAAGAAUACGAAAAAAUCUAAUAAUAAUGGCAUUGAAUGUGAAGGUAAAGAUACCGGAAAUACCAUGAAACCAACAAAAAAAUCAACGAAAAAAGAUGGUACUGAAAGAGCAACAAAGAGAAGAAGAAAAGAUAUGGGUCAAAUUUUACCAACUCCUUCGGCGGUCGGCACCACUCCAGCACCGAAUUCACAAUUAUUAUCAUAUAUACAUACAUCUAAUUACAUUCUACCUUCAGCAAACAUACAACCCGCGACCACAAUAAAUUAUAGAUUUGCUGGUGGUUCCAACAUGUACACGACUGGCUAUAGACCUAUGCCGAACAAUGUUUCAGCACCAUUUCCAGUUAAUAUACCAUACAAAUCCUCUCCAAGCACAGUUCCUGCCACGACAUUAUCACAUGGCCAUACUGACAUAUAUUCAGCAAAUGCACCAUAUUCUUCAAGCUAUUCUCGCGACGUAGGCUCUUUUGAUGGUGUUGAUUCAACAAAAGAUAUAGGCGUAGCAAAAAAUAACAUUCAGGAUUCUAAUGAGGAUAAAGCAGAAGACACUUGGAUUUUACCACAUAAAAAAGAUAUCAUGAGUAUUAGUAAUUUAAUCGAAUAG